CCGCCGCGCCCGCCCGCCCGCUCUACCGCGGCUCCUCUCCGCUCGGCCCGCGCUCGGCCGCCUCUCCGCAGGCCCCUCCGCCGGGAAUGUGAGUGAGGCAGCAGCCAUCGCAGGCUGGGGCCCGCGCCGAGCGCACGGGACUGAGCGGAGCCCGAGCAGCCGCCUGCCCCUGAACCCGCCGCCAACGCCGCCCUGCGCUGAGGAGGCCGCCGCCGCCGCCGCCGAGGCCUACAGGCUCCUGCAGCUGCAGGGACCCAGCCCGGCGCGCACAACGCUCCGGCCGCUGCCGCCAAGCCCAGCUCACUCCGCCUUCUCCUCCUCGGCUCCGAAUUCUCUGCCAGGAGGGGCAAGUAGGGAUAUGUCCGCAGCACCAACCACUCCUCCGUCAGUGGAUAAAGUAGACGGAUUUUCUCGGAAGUCCGUCAGAAAAGCCAGACAGAAGAGGUCACAAAGCUCCUCCCAGUUUAGGUCUCAGGGCAAGCCUAUUGAAUUAACUCCUCUGCCUCUUCUAAAAGACGUUCCAUCUUCAGAGCAGCCUGAACUGUUCCUAAAGAAACUUCAGCAGUGCUGUGUAAUUUUUGACUUCAUGGACACACUAUCAGACCUUAAAAUGAAAGAAUACAAGCGCUCCACUCUUAAUGAACUGGUGGACUACAUUACAAUAAGCAGAGGCUGUUUGACAGAGCAGACUUACCCCGAAGUAGUUAGAAUGGUAUCUUGCAAUAUAUUUAGAACUCUCCCACCCAGUGACAGCAAUGAAUUUGAUCCAGAAGAAGAUGAACCCACCCUUGAGGCAUCAUGGCCACAUUUACAGCUUGUAUAUGAGUUUUUCAUACGAUUUUUGGAAAGCCAAGAAUUCCAACCUAGCAUUGCCAAAAAGUACAUAGAUCAGAAAUUUGUAUUACAGCUUUUGGAGCUGUUUGACAGUGAAGACCCUCGAGAACGGGACUACCUAAAAACAGUCUUACACAGAAUUUAUGGCAAGUUUCUUGGUCUUAGAGCAUUUAUCCGAAAACAGAUUAACAAUAUUUUUCUACGGUUUGUUUAUGAAACUGAACACUUCAAUGGUGUAGCUGAACUACUGGAAAUAUUAGGAAGUAUUAUCAAUGGUUUUGCUUUACCUCUUAAAGCUGAGCAUAAACAGUUUCUGGUGAAGGUGCUGAUUCCUUUACAUACUGUCAGGAGUUUAUCACUCUUCCAUGCACAGCUGGCAUAUUGUAUAGUACAGUUUCUGGAGAAAGAUCCUUCACUCACAGAGCCAGUCAUUAGAGGUUUAAUGAAAUUCUGGCCGAAAACCUGCAGUCAGAAAGAGGUCAUGUUCCUUGGGGAGCUGGAGGAGAUCUUGGAUGUGAUUGAACCGUCACAAUUUGUCAAAAUUCAGGAACCUUUAUUUAAACAAAUUGCCAAGUGUGUUUCAAGUCCUCACUUUCAGGUGGCAGAAAGGGCGCUGUAUUAUUGGAAUAAUGAAUAUAUCAUGAGUUUGAUAGAAGAGAACUCCAACGUUAUACUUCCCGUCAUGUUUUCCAGUCUUUAUAGGAUUUCCAAAGAACACUGGAAUCCGGCUAUUGUGGCUUUAGUCUACAAUGUGUUGAAGGCAUUUAUGGAAAUGAACAGCACCAUGUUUGACGAGCUGACAGCCACUUACAAGUCAGAUCGUCAGCGCUUAUCCAAAGCGGCAGGUGAAAAAAAUGAGGAAACUUCGGGAACUCCGAGCAGUUUGCGACUUCGUUUAAGUCAUGCCUUUUGUGUGACUCGGGGUUCCCACAAGCAAAGUGAAGGGUACUGUAUGUCAUCAAACCUUGUUAGUGAGAAGAAGAAAGAGAAGGAACGUGAAGAACUGUGGAAAAAACUGGAGGAUUUGGAGUUAAAGAGAGGUCUUAGACGUGAUGGAAUAAUUCCAACUUAACAAAAGAAACAAAGCAGCAUUAUUAACCUGUGGAGUCACACAUUUAUGUAGUAGAAGAUGGAGCAACAGUUUUCUGUAUUGUGCAACUUUACAGUAGAUUUCACAUUUGUUUCAUUAUUACAACAGCACUGUAUAUAACUGUCUCUAAGUAAAGGAAAAAAUAAGGACUUUUCUCCAAAGUUUGGACAGCAGAUGAACUCCUCAGAACUUUGCAACAUAAUCAUUGUUUUGACCCUUCUUUAAAUCCAGUCUUCAAAGAUCUGUUGAUGAAAAUUGCUAUGUCAAAAUUUCAUUGUCAGGACCUGUUCCUUAUUUAUCAUUAGCAGAGAGUAUGAUGCAACUUUCAAAUGUGAACAAUCUUAAAUUUAGCUUGCCUUUCUGCUAAACUGUUAAAUGUAUUUAUAGAAAAAGAGAAAAAAAAUUGUCAUUUCCUUUUGAGUUUGUGUAACAUCCUCCCUCUCUGGAUAACUUUACUGUAAUUUGAUGUUUUUUUCCCUUUUGCACAUCUUCAUAAGUUGAAUGUCCAUGCAGAUCAGGGCCAUGAAAAAUAUAGGCCCCUAAGGUUUUGUUUACUGGUGUGAGUAUCUUUCUGGUACCAGGCUAGCACUGGUACUCCUUCAGUUUAAACAUUAGGAGUAAAAAUAAAGAGAUGACAAACAUAGUAGGGAAGGAAAUUUCAGAUUAAUGCAUCAAUUUAUUGUGAAUCCACGCUGUCUUGAAUCCUUUGAAAAUGGGCAAUAGUAACACCAAGAACUUCAGUACUUAACCAGUAUUAGUUACAUGUCAUUGGACACACAUACCAGAGCUGUUUUGGUAAUACUAAUGGCUAAAUGAUUACUAUAUACAUUUUAUUGGACCAUUUUGAAAUUAUAACGACAAACGCUAAACAGUACAAGCAUGAAAUUGAUCUCCAGUGGUCAUGGGUCUAAUUGGGAACAGAGCUGAGCAAACAGUUUGGACUGUUUGGAGUUGUUGCCUUACUUUUUAAUAUGUAUUUAUAAAAUAUUCCAGCAAAAGAGGAUGUAGCCUCUAAAAACAUACUAUAGUGUUUUUGUGACUGUAGUACUAUUACUCAUCAUAGCACCAGCCCUAUGGUUUUAGCUGGAAAGGAUUCUGGAUAAUAUACUUCUGCAUUCUGAAGUGGAUGCUCAUUCCUAACUACUGUAUUUGUUACCAAAAGUGGUUCUACAAAUGCUACUGAAAAAAAAUUCUGGAAAUCCUAAUGUCCUGAGUAUUAAUAAUAAAGUUUAAAAUGCUUUUAUAUCAAAGGUGCAUUGUGACCAAAUUGUUUAAAAGCAAAACAAGAGGGCUGUAUUAUAAGUAUGCAUUAUUGGCUAUCUGCUUUGUAUUUGAAAGUGGAAUCUUACAUCUUUGAUCGUUAAAAUGCUGAUAAGACUUAUGUACAGUAUAUAUUUAGCUAAUGCAGUUGCAUUAUUUUAUACCGAAAGGUAUGUGUUUCAGGAUUUUUCUCCAGGAUGCUUUUGAACUGUUAUAGACAUAUAACAACAGUGAGCUGAUAAUCCUAAACCGUCAAUCCAGCAGUAUUUAUGGUAUAAAGCUGACUUGGUGUUCAUGAGUCUUUGUGUUAGUUGCAAACAUGAACUUAUGACCUGUUGCCAUUGAUAGAAAUACAGUAUAAGUAUGAGCUUGUAUAUUUUUCUUCCUACCAUUCAAAUAUACAGUAGAAUUUGAGGUUUUCUUGUUUCCAGAUGCAAAAAAAUAAAAAUGGGAGGGGAGCAGGAAUCCAAUCCCAUUUUACUGACUCUUUCAGGAUUAUCAGGUCACAGUUUGUACACAUGAGUCUGCGCAUUGGAUGUUGUAAAUGCAACAACUUUGUAAAAACUUGACACUGUUAAUUCUGAAAAAAGAACAGAAGUAAACUAGUCAUAUGCAACACAAAACAUCACGACAUGGUUUAAUGGGAUUAAUAUAAGCCUCUUAUAAGAACACUGACUGGGACUCAAUGUAAACUUGGCAGAUACAGUCAGUGAAACAUUUUAUUUUAAAAGUGCUGGAACAAAGGUGCAAGCUCAAAUCUGAAGAUUAAAUAAAUUUAUAACAAAUCGUCCCUUAACCCUUUGAUUUUUGGCAGCCUUUUUGUUUCUACUACAGGUUGGGGUUAUGUUUAGUAGUUUGACUAUGUCUGAAAUUAACCUGCUGUAUGAGAGGGUGCAUUUAAACUCGUGCCUGACUACACUGGGUUAAAUGGUCAACAAUUAUGAUGGGAAGAAAUCUUGGUGUUUCCAUUUUUUUUUCUGCCUGGUGGAAUGAAAAGAAAUAAUGUGACAUUAGAAAAAGACACCUUGUCCUGUACUUAGAAUUUAGGUGAGUGUUGACCAUUCUUGGAUGUUCUUGGUUUCAGCGUGACCUACUGGAAUUGAUGAUACAAAAUGGAUGAGAACCUAGCUGGUUGCAAUAUUUUAUUACCUCUAAUGGGGGAUACUGGGGAGUAUCUAAAGUGAUUUUCACUUCCACGAUGAAAUGUUUCUUAAAUUGAAUGAGGUUAUGUGAUGUUAGUCAUGCAACUCUAAAAAGGUGAGGUCAUUCUGAGGUUGUACUCUGUGAUGUACUUAAAGAAGCACUUGCCAUAGUACUACAGAAUCCACGCAAUCCACUGUUGGCUGCAACCCACAGGCAAUAUACUGCUCCUGUCCCACUAAAGUCCAUGGGAGGUUUAUGCAAAGAUAAAGGCAGCAUAUGGAUGUAAGUCAAUAGUGAUCAGUGCAUCUGUUCGUUUGUGAUUUUGUUUGCUUCAUGGUUUUGAGAAACUACUUUUUUUGUUAGUUUUUUGUAGACUGCUAGCAUUACAGUUGAUGGGAGAUCACUCAUGGCUUGUACCAUAUUGGUUACAGGGGAAAGGAUUGAAUGUUGUCAGGUAAAAGUAAUGAACUACAUUUUCAAAACUAGAGCAUUGCAUGGGGAUGUAACAGCUGUUAAAGUUCUUCUUGCAUACUUUAAGUUGAGCAUGCAUUGCUUUCUUCAUCUUGCAAGCUUUCCUUAUUGUUUUCUUUUUAUUGCUAUUGAAUGUUUUUUGUCUCUCUUCCAAAUCUUUGAAUGCUUUAAAUAAAAGUACUCUAAUGCCAUUGGAGUAUUUGCAAGCAGGGUUACUGUAAAUUAAUCUUGGUUUUGUUAGCAUAAAUAGAAGGAUUUAAUUUAUUUUUACUUCCUUCUAUAUACGGAACAAUCCAGGAUGCAGAGCCCAGAACUGUUUGAGCUAGAAUUGAAGCAGCUGUACUUAUGUUGUACAUGUGUAAGUAUAGCCUCAGGCUCUCUUACACUAUGGAAAAAGAAAAUGUAUUACGAGCUUUAAAAGCUUUUUUAUAGUUUUGUGGGAGAGUUGGAGAACUGGAUAGAUAUUUCCUCCCCCAGUGCACCUCAUUUUCCUUUCAGUUGGGAGCACACAACUGGCUUAGAAGGCAGAGAUGCCCUUUUUUCAAUACUGAGAGUUGCUCUGUGACAAAAUGAGGGUGAUAAACAGGCAUGAUGGAAGAAUGUUUUUAUUUGCACAUUAAUAUUUUUAUUUUUGUAUCGUGGCUCAUCAGCUUUCCAAAAUAGCUGUGCAAUGAGCCACAAACUAGUUUUUCUAGUAGGUAUUGGCAGUGAGUUUUUUAUAUUCCCCAAUAUUUUCCUUUCAGAGUCUGGAUAAAAGGAUUGUGUAUCCUCGAAGCAAAAUUCAGCCAAUUAUGAUUUAUGAGAAAGUUUUAUCCAAGUGCUGCUUACUAGCCACAGAAGCAGCAGCAUCUGUUCAAGGGAAACAGACAUUCUAUCAUGACCUCUCUGAACGCAGGUUUAUUUUUAUUUGUUUGGAUCACUUACUGUAAAUACAUUAUAAUCAUAACCUCAUGUAUUGAUGAGGGUUUUUCAAAUAUAAAUAGUACCAAUACAUUUCUUGUCAUCCUAUUUUUUGAUUGUAGUAUAAAGAAUGACCUGCUCAUGCUUUUUGUUUAAAAAUUAGCAUUAGAGUAAUAGAUUUCUUGAUAUUUUAGUAUUUCAUUGUUUAAGCAGGAGAGGGCAGCAAAAGUUCAUUUCCCACUCUUUCCCCUUCCCCACCCCCCAAGAAUGCCAUGAUCCGUUACUGUUUUUAAAUCUAGAUGCAGUUAAACUAUUGGGUGGGUGGAGAAAUAAAACAUUUUUAUAUAUAUGAAAAGUUGCUUAUGGAAAUAUAUAGACUGGUCUAACCAGACCAUGAAAAUGUCUUCUAUGCUACAGCAAGGUGGGAAUAAAAAGAAAAAUCUUCCACCUCUGGGUAAAGUGAAGCAGGUCUUAAAGACUUGGAUUCAAAAUGUCAUUCUUUGGACAUCGUUUACUUUCUUAAAAAUGCUAUUAAAGAAAGAAACUCAAACUCAGUGGUGCUCCCAGAUAUAAAUGUGUAUCCUUUCUCUUUUGCACAUGUACAAGAGACUCUGUACUAUGGGUGCAUCUAAUAAAAAAGCAAUGAAGUGUUUU